AUGAGGACGAGCCAGAUUUUGGAGACCGAUCUUCCGAAUAUGGAGUCUGAAGGUUCGGACGAUGUAUACGAGCAGAACCCUGUAAUACAGCAAUAUAUCGCUGACGGAGGCACAAUUACUCGCGAGGUGGAGUCCACUGCCUCCACUACCUGCCCAUCCGACUCGCCUGCCUCUACCACCUCCAUCACCACCUCUGGAUGGUGCGGCAGACUCGCAAGGUGGAGUCCACCGCCUCCACUCCCUGCCCAUCCGACUCGCCUGCCUCUACCACCUCCACCACCACCUCUGGAUGGUGCGGCAGACUCGCAAGGUGGAGUCCACCGCCUCCACUCCCUGCCCAUCCGACUCGCCUGCCUCUACCACCUCCACCACCACCUCUGGAUCGUGCGGCAGACUCGCAAGGUGGAGUCCACCGCCUCUACCACCUUCUCCACCUCUUCUGGAUCGGGCGGUGGACUCGCAAGGUGGAGUCCACCACCUCCGCUACUUUCUUAUUCGACUCGCCUGCCUCUACCACCUCCACCACCUCCUCUGGAUCAUGUGGCAGACUCGCGAGGUGGAGUCCACUACCUCCUCAUCUGUCUCACCCGUCUUCGGAUCGUUACCAUGGAACUAGGAGAAUCGACUUUUCUAGAGUCAAUGGAUGCGCAGCUACAACAAAGACAUAGAGACAAAACAAAGAAAAGUGUCAGAAUCGCGAGUCGGGAGAUCAUCUUACUGCGAACUUUUCUGGAGAGCUUUGGCAAUAUUAGAUCAUUCUCGGAUACAACACUGGACAACAAGAGUCGGGUCUCCAAUUCUGAAUGCAAAACGUUCUGCGUCGAAUCUUCUAUCCAUCAGCAUACUGCUCCCCCGCCUCCUUUGCUACAUCUAUCACCCCCACAACUACUGCCUGCCCCACUUCUGCUUGGCUGA